GCCAUGGCGGUGACGUCGCUCCUGGCUCCAGGACCCAAGGCGGCGGCGGCGGCGGCGGCCGGGAGACCACAGACGCGCGGCAGCGGCGACCAGACAACACCCGGAAGUGCGCGACGCAGCACUUCCGCCGGCGGCUCGCGCUCGAGCGGGGGCGCGAGGGACGCGGGGGGCGCGCGGGCUUGGUGCUGUCUAGCCUAUUUCUUCUUUCCCAGGCCGGGUCCUCUGCAGAUCGCCGCCCUCGGAGGCUUUCCUGCCAGCACGCGAGCGGAUAGCCUCCUGCAGGGCGGCCCCGGCCCCGCCCACAGCCUCUGCGUCCCGCCAUUGGCUCCGCCCUCAAUGGCGGCGUCCCACCCACGUCCGCGCAGAGCACCACGGGCGGAACCAGCAGCGUCCACUCACGUUCCCUCACGCGCCGCAGCAGUGACGUGACAUUGGCGGCCGAAACUUCGUAGUGGCUGGGCC